AUGACGGUCCUGAUAGCGGAGGCUCUAAACGUUUUGACGGCGUCGUCUUUGCCCGUGCCUUCUGUAUUGACAUGUGAUGCAUAUCCUUCUGCCAAGAAAUUUCUGCAAUCGCGUCCUGCUGGUGUGUACACAUGCGUGAGAGCGCAAUUAAAAGUACUGAAUUUAGAACCUGUUUUGUCCAGAGUGUUGGUCGAAUGGCCUUUUCAUGUGCAACGGCUAACAGCUGGUCUCGUUAUAAUGGAUAUCAAGUUCAAGCACGACAAGUUGAAGUUAAAGCGGUUACAAAUGGCUACAGAAGUAGUGGCUACGAACGUAAUGAUACAAUGGCAAGCAUCGGAGACCGUGGAUGGAAUGUUGUCUGUGCUCUGGUAUCCACUUGAAGAGAGUGAUGAUUACGGCGUUGCUGUCCAUAUUUGUGCAAUGCCACAACCCAAGUGUCUUGCAUCGACGGUGUUGGUCUACGGAGAAGGACGAGAGAACGCUCGAUGCAAACACACGCAGUGGAUCGAAGACCGAGUGCCACUUGAGACGCACAUGGCACACUUGAUGGAGACGCGAGGCGAGCCAAUUCACGAGGUUUUACUGAGUAAGGCGGCGCAGGGAGAAGAUCGAUUUCUUUUGGAAGGUCUAGUCACCAACUUCUUUGUUGUGAUGGAUGGACAAUUAUAUACGGCGGGCCAAGAUGUUUUACAAGGAAGUACGAGGGAGCUAGUGCUCAAAGCUUGCCGCGAUCUGUUCAUUCCAGUGAUUUUGGAGGCACCAAGACUUUUGGACCGGGAAUCGUGGCAAGCGGCAUUCGUAACAAGCGCCGUUCGUGUAGUGAUCGAUGUCACGCGUUUGCUGUAUGAAGAGAAAGUUAGCGAGCAUUUGGUGGUUCGUGAGACCUUGAUUCCGUGCGACAAAACUGGGCUGGUUCAGAGAAUUCGAGACCAGAUAUCAAUGCAGCGCAUGUAUCUUCAGUAG